UUAUUACACGCGCUUUACAGCUAGCUAGCUAAUACAAACACUCACAGAUCCUCUCUUUCUCGAUCGAGUAUUUAAUUAUCGCAGGUUUCCCAAGUCAGAGCUGAAAGAGUUUCCUUCCAUUGCUUGUGCAUAUUCUUGAAUCGUGGAGCUCAACGGUGGCCGAGGUUGAUCGCAGAUAGAUACAUGGCCUUGCUUACAACUGCUGAAGUUUGCGACGCAAACUCGCAAAUGAUUGGGAGUGGCGAUCUCCGUGCCCUCCAGCCGGUUUUUCAGAUAUAUGGCCGGCGACAGGUCUUUUCAGGACAAAUUGUGACCCUCAAGGUGUUUGAAGACAAUGUUCUUGUUCGUGAGUUGCUUGAGGAGAGAGGCAAUGGCAGAGUCCUUGUUGUUGAUGGUGGUGGAAGCUUGCGGUGUGCAAUAUUGGGCGGCAAUCCUGUAGUUCAAGCUCAGAACAAUGGAUGGGCAGGGAUUGUUGUGAAUGGCUGUAUAAGAGACGUUGAUGAGAUCAAUGGAUGUGAUAUUGGGGUGAGAGCUCUAGCCUCUCAUCCGAUGAAAGCUAACAAGAAGAGGACUGGAGAAAAACAUGUUUCAAUAACCAUUGCAGGGACGAGAAUUCGCGAUGGGGAAUGGCUGUAUGCAGACACUGAUGGAAUUUUGGUUGCUCCUAAUGAGUUAUCUGUCUAAAUGAUUGAAAUAGAUGAGUUCUUGAAACAUGAUGUAUGCUGCAAAUUUGUUUUCAUGUAAUGCUUUCUUGGCCUACUUCAUGUUAGUGGGUUCUUAGAUCAAACCUAAUAUGAUAUCUGUAUUAGCUUGAAUCCAUCAUAAUAAAAUAUGUUCUUUUGAUA